GGGGGAAAAAAAUCAGGUGGGGAGAGGGAGGUGAAGUGGAAGGUUGAUUGUCACACUGAGGCACGGUUUCGGAAGGGUUUGGCCAGUCGGUGUUAUCACAGCGGCUGGAGGAGGGGAAGCAAACGCCCGGCAGAUUGUAAUAUUCACGGCUGGGUGAUUGACGGCACCAUCGCCAUCUCUUGCCGGUGUCAAUGUGUGAAGUUAUUCGAUGCCAUUGACGAGGCGGAAUCUAAUAGCCAGACUCUCAUUAGGAUCGGGUUUAGAACCACGGGAAAGAUGAGGCAUCAGAGUAGCAUCGUGUUGCCGGCUCUGUAGAACUGUAUGCAUGCUUCACUGUACAAACUGGACCAGUUUACAGCCAUCUUCACUUCACUGGACUUGACAUAGUAGUUGACAUUGAGAAUGUACAUUCAUGUAUGUUAUGUGUGGACAGCUAAGCGGAGAAAUUUUACUGAAACGGUCUAUUUUAUUGGACAACUCCGAUAUUGGUAACCUGAGUUUUGAUGGCUGUUUCAACAAGCAUGCGGCUGAAUGCCAACUGACUCUGUGUGCGCAAGGAGACACAGGCGGUUAAUGCACUCAGCACACCCGCUCUCCCUUCUCACUCAUUGAGGGACGAUCUCGUGACAGACGGCAUCCUGCGAAUCACUUAAAAUAUCUGGCUCAUCUGGGGGCUGCUAUGUCAAGCCGUGGUCCCUGCUGGGAAGAUAGUUCAGCCCUGCGACUUGAUGAAAUGUCGUCAAGUCUCUUAUCUUCCCAUCCCCCCCUUCCCUUUGCAUGCAGAGACCACAGAUCCAUCUUCCCUCCGUUAAUGGGAGGUCAGAGCUGACGAGAGACAACAGGAGUGUGAAAAGAGUCAGGGAGGUGCCUCGGUAGCUGGGGAGCUGUGAUCACAGAGUCAUCGUCACUCGUUCAAACACGGCAUUAGGAGGGUUUAGAAGGAAGAGAUCUGUAAUCAAUGAGGAAAAUUUUGCAAAUGGUAGAGGUCACUGCACAGACAAUUUGAUGAGCACGUUUGGACUGAAUUGGGAGGAGCCGUUGCCACAGUAACAGGCAGCUUUUUUUCCCUCAUCCAUCCUCUAAGGAAUUUCUCCUUUAGCUUCCAGGUGGAGUUCUGGAGAUGGACACAGGGGCCGAUCGGAAUAUUGAUGAAACAGAGACUGCAUCAUCAAUCUGCUGCUGAGGCUAACCUUCAAGAUGGCUUUUCCCAGAUGACAAGAACAUCUUAAUUGAUGCAGAUGUGUGUACUUUUGAUGAGAAACACCCAGAGAGAGAAGAAUGUACUCACUGCACAAUAUUGUACUUGCUCAGUGUACUGUCUGUCGAGGCACUCGUAAUGUACCUGCACUUUUCACCGAUGGAUGUGAGCUUUUUAAGAAUCCAUUGAGCAGUGCAGCUUGGUGGACAGACCGGGAGAGCGGAUAGAAAGAGCUUCAUCUGUCAGCUGAUGCACCGGGUAAGUGGCUCUGGUCUGCCGACCAAAGCUGGUGAUGUGUUGUGUUAGGCACUGCCGGGAACAUUGGCACCAUCACACGAACAUUGCCACUAACGCGAUAGGCCCAGGAAGGCUUAGUCAUUAGCAGACAGCUAAUGACAAACCACUUAGCAUUCUGCGAGGGGGAAAUCUACAGUGUACGUGCACCGCAAAAGCUCACUGAUCGUGUCAGCGUCAGCCAGUGUGGCAGUCUUGUUUCUCUCGCUUUGUGGGGUACUGACGAAGAGCCCAACUGCAGGGUUUUUUUGUUUGUUUGUUUUUAAGUUUGGAUUUAGACCAUAUCGUGUACACAUUGGAUGGAUUAAUUGACGGAAGGAACAAAAACGCUACAGUGUAUUGGCUUUUCCUGUGAUGCACUUCCAUUCCGGCUCAGUUGAAACUGACUUUCUGGCCCUCCGGUGGGGCAUCACAACCUCUCAAACUUCCCCAAGGAAUCAUAAUAAUAACGGCCGAUACCUUAGACCACAAAGACCGCAUGUGCACUCUGUGUUUGUGUAUGUCCCAUCCUGUUAGCAUUUAUCAGCGUUGAGUGGUGUAGACGUGCUGUGUGUCGUGGCUUGCCCGAUGCAACAACUUGUGACAGAGAGAAAGAAAAAACUCAUGUUUCUACAUUAAUUGUUGGCUCAGCAGUCGGCUUGUAUAAAUUGCAGGCGGGACAUCUGACAUCGGAGUAUAUCGACACCUGUGUGACGUAGAUAAAGAGAAAAAUUUACGUCUUGUCAAGGCUUGGCUGUGUCUGUGGGUGCCUGUUGUGGCCAGUUUGUUUACCAAGGAGGGGAAUGGUUUGAUGCCUGUGGAACUUGUGCAAGUUGUGCUUGACCUGUUAAACCCAGAUCGGGAUUAGUUACCCAGAAUGGCGAAUGUCAACAGUGGUAAUGUGUGCCCGACAGCACAGAGGACAACACGUACCAAUGCAGACAUGUUACACCUGGCUGCCCUAGCCUCGUUAAAGGGAGAGAUCAUCGAGCUGACGAACCGGCUACAGAGAGUCAGCGCCGAGAGAGAUGUUCUGGACAAGAAACUGGGCAAGGCACAGGUGGAGAGAUCACGGCUGUUGCGGGAAAACGAAGAUAGAUUAGACCAGCAAGCUGUGCGGUACGAGGAGAGAAUAACGGAGCUGCAUAGCGUCAUAGCUGAGCUGAACAAGAAAAUAGACAGAUCACAUGGCGUCGCAUUCAGGGAAGAAGAUGAGUUCUCACAGUCUGCCUCAAGUCCGCACAGCAACAUCAGCAACAGCGGCGGCAGCUGUAACGGCAGCUUUCAGGGCAGUGACUCUGCUAACAUUGAUCAGUGCAAUGAUUUAUCGGCCGAGCUGUCCAGGGUAGUGGGCGAGCUGGAAUGCGCCGUGGAGGAGCGCAAGGGGACCGACACCUACCGGCAGCACAUCGACACGGCCGACCACACCAUCAAGCAGCUGGCCAGUGCUUCCCAUCAGGUAGAAAAGAGAUCUCUAGAGGCUGUCCAGGAAGUCGAGCGUCUGCAAUAUGAGGGCGGGUCUGCCACCGACCACUCCCCCGCCACGCCCAACGGCUUCCAGGGCCAUGCCCAGCGGGACCAGCACCGGCGGCGCAGCAGCCUGGAGCAGGAGCUGGAUGUGCUGCGGGACGAGAAUGAGAAUCUGAACACCACGCUGUCCAUGAAGGAAGACGAGCUGCAGAAGAUCAAGGCCAACCUGAUCGCCAUCCGGGACGAGAGGGACAAGCUCAGGAAGAAGGUUCGGGACCAGCAAUCACGCAAUACUGACCAAUUGCCCGGUGCCUCGGCCAGCAACCUCAAACAGCAACAACACCAGCAGGGCUACACGUCGUCGUCCUCCGAACAACUCAGCUCCCCGGGCUACCGGCCCACCCCCAAUCCCAGCAACGUCAACGCCAACUCUGCCUUGCCCAACGGCGAACAGCUGGGCGUUUACGGUAGCGAGAGGCGAGGCGGCAUGCCCGUUGCCAAGGUGGCCGAGCGGGUGCGAUUAAAGCCAUCGCGAUCACUCGAUAGCUCAUCGAGAUCGGGCUCGGAGAAAGGCGUGACAGGGUCGGACUUGAACAGCGUUGGGCUGACCAACCCCAAGGUAGCUGAGCACCUAGCCCGCUCGCUGCAGGAGUGCUCCAGCGUGCAGGAGAUCCUGCAGGCCCUGGGCUCGCACGGCCUGCCGGUCCCCGAGAGCAAGGCCCGAGAGAUCGAGGUGGAGAUGGAGCGGCUACACAGCAAGAUCGAGCACCUGCGCUCACAGAACGACCUGCUGCAGCUGACGUUAGAAGAGAGCAAGUCCAACGCCGACCGGCUGACGCUGCUGACGGGGAAGUACGAGAGCAACAACACGGCGCUGCAGCUGGCCGUCAGCUACGCCGAUCAGGCGGCGGAGGCCUUCGACGUCCUGCUGAUGCUGCUGGAGACAGAGCAGCAGGUUCUGUUGGCCAACUGCCGGGCGGCAGGGGUCGGUGGCUUCGGAACAGGGGAGAGCUCGGAAGGCUCAGACUCGGAGGAGACCACCAUGAUGCUGAAGCGGGUCCACGAAAACCGCAAGGCAGCAGAGAACAUGGCCAAGGCCCUCCUGCAGCGGCUGGACCGGAGCUGCGGGACCAUGGUGUGCCACGUCCCCGGAUGCACGCUGCAGCCCUGGGAAGAUGUGUCCUCACACAGUCACACCAGCACCACCAGCUCCACGGCCAGCAGCUGCGACACAGAGUUCACCAAGGAGGACGAGCAGCGGCUGCGGGACUACAUCCAGCAGCUCAAGAACGACAAGGCAGCGGUGCGGCUGACGGUGCUGGAGCUGGAGAGCGUGCACAUCGACGCCGUCCCUUCCUCCUCCUCUUCCUCAGGCCAGGAGUGUCUGAAGACGGACAGCCAACGACUGGACCUGGAGAACGCCGUCAUGAUGCAGGAGAUCGCCGCCCUCAAGGAGGAGAAAGCCGAGCUGAAGGCCCAGUUCUACCUCCUGGAGAAGGAGAAGAAGGCAGCGGAGCUCAAGAUGAGCUCCCGGGAUGCCCAGGAGCAGGCCUACCUGGCCCAAAUCGACCACCUCAAGGCAGAGGUGGAGGAAAAGAAAAGCAAAGACGUCGUGCCCAGGAGCCCGAAGCAGUUCGGCAUGGAGCCCACCUCAACGCCUUCCGUCACCCUGGCUGAGCUGAGCCACCUAGAGGACCCUAGCAUCUCGGCGGACGUGGCCGAGAUGGCACGGCGGGAGAAGAAGCUGCGGGCAAAGAUCCACGAACUGAUGGCCACCAUCGAGAAGCUCCAGAAGAGCUCUGAGAUGCGGCACCAGCAGUCGGCUGAGUUCAUCGCUGACCUGAAGCGAGCCAACAGUGCCCUUGUCACGGCCUACGACAAAGCCAAGAAGAAACACCAGAACAGACUCAAGAAACUGGAAGCCCAGAUGAUGGCGAUGGUGGAGAGGCACGACACACAGGUUCGGAUGCUGAAGCAGAGAAUAGCCUUACUGGAGGAGGAGAACCAAGCCACCAGGCCGCCACAUAACGAGACGUCCCUCUAGAGCAACCCCAGUCUGUCAUUGCCUAUCACCCCCCCUCCCCCUGCCCGCCACCACCACCACCAAAGAAUGUCUUCAUCCCGCCUUGAGUCUGCCUUGACAGACGAAAAACUGUAGUGUGUGCCUCUGCUGUCCAACGGACGGUGCUUCCACGAAGACCAAUGCGUUGAAAUCUUCCCGACAGAGCCAGUACAUCUGUCAAGAUAUUGACCAGCAGAUUUAUGUCCUUCUCUCUGAACUUGUUUGGAUGCUAACGGCGCAUCUAUGACUCUCGCAAACGUGGACCCAGAUAUUUUUUACUCGUGAAAAGGGGAGGAUCAUCACUUUCUUGGUUUGUGUUCCUACCGAGGUCAGAUUUGAGACUAGAUGUAGAUGCAUCCUUGUUUGGAAAUUUUGCAGUCCACGAAGGUUUUUCACAGAGAAAUCUUUGAUGGACAAAGCACUUUGGGAAAGGCUGCUUCAAGAUCCUUUAAAUUUUGUGACACAAUUGGACACAAUAUGGUACAGAUAGGACAGCACUCAGCCGAAUGGUCAAGAUGUAUCACAACUCCAAAGCAGAGAACUGCAGUGCCUGCUUACGAGAACGGCGUCAUGGAUACUGAACAGUUUGUCGCAGUUCAGCAACUGUUGCUGAUGGUAGACCCGGACACAUGUUGGGCAGACCUGAGUUACUGAAAUCAGUGGCGGAGCACAUUUGGACAAGAAUUGCAAUGAAGACAGAGACUUGAAAAUCUGAGAAGAGACAGCCAAUGCAUCAAUUGUGGAGAAACAAUUACGCCUUGCCAGAGUGGGUUUCUGUGAAAAGACAGACAUUUUGUCCAAGGAAAACAUUAACAACUGUUGUACAUCGAAAAAGAUGCAAUGUACAGCUGUACAGUAUUUUUAACCAUCGAUCCAACAAAUUUUCUUUUUUUUUUCAAAAGUAAUAUUGGAAUCUCGAAUGCUACCAAAGACGAGACUCACUUUGCGAGAGUGGUGCUUUUGCUCUGCCACACUGCGGUCCCAAGCCUCACAGUUUGGGAAGAGUUGCCAGCCAUUUUUCUCAUUUCUCUCGGGGUUUUAAAAAGGGAGAUAUCAGCCCAUCAUUAUCUUCAAAACAGAGCUGUUUCAAAACCAGAACUGUUCACAGCAGCUUUUCAGAAAAAGUAUAUUUGUCACUGUUUUUUCCUUCCUUUCUUAUCCCUGAGUGGUGGAAUCGUUGUUGGCUCACUUGGGU